UGAUACAGGUGUGAAGGACCAUCCGAUCUCGUGAGUCAGUGAAUUCCCAAACGUCCCAUAACAUGUUAAUAUAAUUAGUUGUUGGUUAAUGUAAAAUUACAGGUGAAUAUGAUUUAAUUAAUAUCUGGCAGCGCAAACAUACAACCAACCCCCUGUUAUUGAUCACAGAGAUAAAAAUUUAUUGUUAGUCCUUUACAAUCUUGGGCAUAUUAUGGUGUAAGCGUUAAAUUGCUUUAGAGAAAAAUGGGUGUAAAUAGUAGCAAGAAAUUAGCAGCCAAAUGCUCAUUUUUAUCUAAAGAUGAGCAAGUCAUUGUGGGGAAUUCCUUUCGACUGGUGAGCAAAAACUCUGAAAAAAUAAAAGAAGAUGAGCUGACAAAACUCUGGGGUGCACAAAUGGACCCGAGACUGUUACAGUACAUCAAUAAUUAUUUAUUUGGUAUUGGGGACUUGAGGAGUUCAACUGUGGACUUGGAGAGGUUUGCUGAAUUAUUUGUUUUCUGUACCAGGGGCACUGUUGAUGAAAAAGUGAAAGUUUUGCUGACUUCGCUGGGUCGAGUAGAUACAGAAAGUGAUGACAUUCCAUACAUAUUAGUUAAGGAGUACGUCGAGAGUAUUGUUGCGUCUUAUAUGAAAAUUCAGAAGCUAAGCAACACAAAACAGUACAAAAGCUGGUUCUCAAGGGGCUGUUUUGUUAGUGCUCAAAAUAUACAACGUCUGGCAGAAAGUUUAACGCAUGAAUUAGCAGCUGGAGAAAGUAUUACACGACGAGCUCUUGAAAAUUGGCUUCAAGGAUCUACAGUUCUUGGCCAGUUGCUUCUGUUUGUCUUUAUGCAUUUAUAUAAUAUAUCACACAAAGAUAAAUCGUCUAUGUCGCUGGAUAAAACUAGUAGCGCAGCGUCAUCCGUACAACAGGCAGACACUGGCGAGACUUCUGACAGAGAAAGAGACAGAAGUUUAGUUCCUUUCUGCAAAAAUUUAGAUCUUAUACCAUCUUAUCCUAGUAUUUUGGACUUGAAUCAAAUUGUUUUUGUCAAUGCUCACCUUCCUCAACAGUACCAGGUCGAAUGGAGGUUCCUAUUUAGUUCUGAGAUACACGGCGAAUCAUUUUCCACUCUCAUAGGGAGGAUAGUCAAUCAAGGUCCGUCUUUGUUAGUUUUGGAAGACAGGAAUGGUUACAUAUUUGGUGGGUUCGCGCCCGGUAAUUGGUCACUUAGCCCUAAUUUCUAUGGUGAUGACAGUAGUUUUCUGUUCACUCUCUCACCGAAAAUGCGCGUUUUUCCAUCGACUGGAUACAAUCAACAUUUCCAAUAUCUCAACCUUCACCAGCAAACUUUGCCCAAUGGACUUGCAAUGGGUGGUCAACAUGGCUACUGUGGAUUAUGGCUGGACAGCGAGUACGGUCGAGGUCACACCAGCGAAGUCUGUACCACCUAUCGUGGUUAUGGCCAGAUGUCCCACUCUAAACAAUUUCAGUUCCGCCACCUAGAAGUGUGGGGACUAGGUCAACCGCCGCCAACCCCACAGGAGAAGGGCGAAAGAGUCCAGGGCGGGUCUAGUAUUCUGGAUGGCAACUCAGAAUCUAAGGCUAUUAUUCAAAUGGCGGGCAAAACGAUGCACAGCGAUGGCAUCCGGGAACCCAACCCUCAAGAUUGAGUUGGUAUGGAUGUGCCCACAAUCCGCGGUAUGCCUUAUUCAAAGUUUUUUCCACUAGUCUUAACAAGAUGUGAACGUGUGUCGUUAAUUUUCAGUGCUCGACCCCCCCCCCUUCGCGUUUUUAUUCGGUGCAAGGAUCGAUCUUGUGUCUUGAUGUUUUUUGGGCUUACAAGGAAUAUAUAUAUUAAACAAAUGUAAUUUUGUCUUAAAAAUUUUAGUAAAAUCAACUGCUAAAAUUGUGUCAUUAUCCAUGCUGUAGAACCAAAGCUUUAAAAAGAAUCAGAAUAGUGAGCAGAGAAACUUUGUAUAAGAAAAGAAACUGUUUCAAUUUAAUAACAUAUUGCUAUUACCGUUCUGAGGACAUUAAGAAUCGAUCCUAAUACGAAUGGAUGAUCUUUGCUUUACAUACGAAAUAUGUGGUCACGCAAUAAUUUCGUUUUAAACGUGUUAUCAACUAAAAAAUGUUUGAAACACCAUUUUGCAUAUCAUAAUUUAAUAAAAGCACAAACAGUCCGUCAUUUCUAAAAUCAACAUUAUUUAUAUACAUCUAACCUAAUAUUAGGAUUUUACACAAUGUGAAAUGGCAGUAUCAAAGUUUAACUGUUGAAAUUUUAUAUACAAUAUCGCAAAUAAUGAUUCUACUGUAGGAACAAUAAGAAACAAAGGAAGGAAAAUAUUUAGGCACUGGGUGACAGUAAUUACUGCUGUGGUGUUUUUAGAUUUAUAAUGGCAUUUAGUCUGUGAUAAAAGACCAACUUUAAUGACAGUUCAUGAUCUCAGUAAUGAACAAGACUUCUUGAAGUAAUUCAAGAAUGCUUAGAUACUGCCAUUGUUUUUUAUUUAAAAGACCAAUGUGCCAAAAAUAUUUUGCACACUAAACUUAUUUAUUUGUUACUAAAUGUUAAUUUAUCUAUAUUUAAGUAUUAAAUUAAUCUUGUGAUCUGUUUAUUUGUUUUGAAAAAUAUAAAAUAUACCAAAUUGA